UGGUGCCACAAUGAAACAUUCUUUUCUUUUCCGUGUUAAGGAAGGAAGAUGGUGAAUGUACCAAAAACCAGGCGUACUUUUUGUAAGGGCAAGUGCAAAAAGCAUACUGUCCAUAAAGUAACCCAAUACAAAAAGGGAAAGGAUUCAAUCUAUGCACAAGGUAAACGUCGUUAUGACAGGAAACAGCAGGGUUAUGGUGGACAGACAAAGCCUAUUUUUAGAAAAAAGGCAAAAACAACAAAAAAAAUUGUGCUACGAAUGGAAUGUUCAGAGUGCAAGUGCAGGAAACAGCUUCCAAUCAAGAGAUGUAAGCACUUUGAGAUAGGUGGUGAUAAGAAGAGAAAGGGCCAGAUGAUCCAGUUUUAAGAUGACAUCUUCCCAAUAUUGUUUUGUCUAAUAAAUAUUCUGAGUAACA